AUGCCUGAUAGGGGCUCACUUGGCCAAGGUACCGAACUACUACCGAUUCCCAGUCCCCACAAGAGUGCAUACCACCUCCUUCAAAGUGCAUCACCAAAAGAUUCAGAACAAGACCCACUACAAGACUCAUCACACGAUGAGGAGCACGAAAGCUAUCUGAAACGAAGUAUUUUUCGUGAUGGCGCCCGGUUCGAAGGCUGGAAGUUCACCGUAUUUUUGGCGUUUAUAACGUCCUUGGUCGUUCUAUUCUUCAACAUUGGGCUUAUACUAUACACCGCUACACAUUCCAGGCAUGACGACCUAGAGCUCUACCCCAUUGAAUACCAGAGUGAAUAUUCCCAGGGCAAACACCACAUCAGAAACACUGUUUUGUACGAGGGCGACUGUGACACGGUGCACCGGUUAAGUACCGGCUUCCAUUUGCUGGUCAACUUGCUGAGUACAGCUCUAUUGAGUGCCAGCAACUUUGGAAUGCAAUGUCUAUCUGCUCCGACAAGGCGGGAUAUAGAUAAAGUACAUCAGAGCGGCAGAUGGCUCGAUAUUGGAGUGCCUAGUAUUCGCAACAUAUUCCGGGUAUCUCGAAGGCGCUCGGUAUUAUGGCUAUCCCUGGCAUUCUUAUCGCUCCCUUUUCACCUAAUGUACAAUUCCGCGAUCUACGAAACAACUGCUGUCCAUGCUUAUGAUAUAUUUGCUGGCCCUGCAUCCUUACCGCAGAUGGAUUGGACAGACGCGCAUUUAACAAAUAUUGAGAGCCAUCCACAAAAAAAGGAGAAACGAGAAUCCUUCCGAGAUUUAUUUUACGCAGCAGAGAACGAAACUCUUGACCGUUUAGAACCGUCUGAAUGCGUAGAUGGAUUUGCGCAGACCUUCCAGAAAUCAUACAGCAAAGUCUUGAUUGUGACCGAUGAUGUAAAGGGAAAUGAUUCAUAUGCCUUCAUCUACACAAACCCCGUAUUCAACCCAUACGAAUAUUUGGUCUCCCGUUUUGGUCCAUACGAUUGGCUAUGCCCCGUUAGUCUGGAACAUUGGAAGGAAUAUAACUGCAAUGUCAGCUCUCUUCCCCAUAUUCGAUCAAAGAUCACCAACAACGAGUGGACCGUCAGUGGCUACAAGAUUGACUACUGCCUAGCUGAGAAGCAGGAGCAGCAUUGCAAGCUGCAAUACUCGUUCACAACAACGAUGAUUGUGAUUGUGUUCAACAUAGGCAAGGCCGGCAUCCUGUUCUAUAUGUGGGUUCACAUACCCGAUACUGAUACCCCGAUCCUGACUAUUGGCGAUGCCAUUGCUUCCUUCCUACGCCGCCCGGACCAAUACACGCAAGGUGGUUGUCUACUUGCCUAUCGCAACGUGAAACGCCUGCACCGCGUCUCACCAAAAGCAUUGAAGAAAAGACCGCUGGAGGAAGCGAGGCCAUUUUCCGAGAAGCGGAGACGAUGGGGCUCAGCGCUCUCCCGUCGGCGGUGGAUAUUUAGUAUAUUCCUGUGGGGUAUUGCCAUCGCAGUCUGCAUUUGUCUUCUCGUAUACGGACUCACCCAGAUUGGACCAGGCGUGAACAUAUGGAAGGAACCACUAGGAACCACCGUGGCCGACACCCUGAUAACAGGCGCCGGCUGGCCAAACACAUUGGAACCGAACGUCCUCAUCGCCAACGCCCCACAACUGAUUUUCUCUUUCCUCUACUUCGGCUUCAACGGCCUCCUAACCACAAUGACCCUUGCGGCCGAAUGGAGUGGAUACGCCACGCACCGUAAAGGCCUCCGCGUCUCGAACAACGCGCAAUCUUCCCAGCGAAGCCAAUACUUCCUUUCAAUACCAUAUCGCUACUCAAUGCCGCUCCUGGCUACCGCAGUCAUUCUUCACUGGCUAAUCUCUCAAAGUCUGUUUAUGGUCGGGGUUGAAGCGUUUGACUCGGGAAUGCUUAGGGAUAUUAAAGCAGACCUGAUCACCUGCGGCUACUCGCCUGUGGCGAUAGUCAGUUCUACCGCAGUCGGAGGCUUCAUGUUAUUCUGCCUUUUGGGGCUGAGUUUCAAACGGUUUAAGACGGGAAUGCCGGUGGCGGGGAGCUGCAGCCUCGCAAUUUCUGCCGCGUGUCAUCCGGCCUUUGAUCCAAACGAAAAUAGAGUCCUACGAUCGGAUAUUGGGGAUGAGGAUAUGGCGCUUUUGCCGAUUAAGUGGGGGGUGGUGGCGGCACCAGUCGAUGGCCAUGUCGGACAUUGCAGUUUCACCUCGGAGUAUGUCGAUCUGCCCAUGAAAGGAAAGGUAUACAGGUGA